AUGUCCUACUACUCCGACCCCUACGCGGACCCCAUGUCCAUGUACCGCGCCGCCAUGCAAUCCCGCCUCCCCUCCGGCCGCCCCCGCCGCUUCGACGAAUACUACCGCGUCUACCCCAUCGCCAUGCUCCCGGGCCCCGACCGCCCCAGCGCCAACCACGGCGGCAAAAUCUUCCUGCCCGCCUCUGCCCUUGACAAACUCACCCAGCUGCACAUCACGUACCCGAUGCUGUUCGAGCUGAUCAACGGCGCGCAGGGAAAGGAAACGCAUGCUGGUGUGCUAGAGUUCACGGCGGAGGAGGGGAGGUGUUAUUUGCCGUAUUGGCUUAUGCAGACGCUGGGGUUGGAGCCGGGGGAUUUGGGACAGGUAAAGAGCACGGAUUUGCCGUUGGGGAGUUUCAUCAAGUUGCAGCCGCAGAGUGUCAAUUUCCUCGAGAUCAGCGACCCGAAGGCAGUGCUGGAGACGGCUUUCCGGAAUUUCUCGUGCUUGACGGUGGGAGAUGUGUUUACGUUUGAGUACAACGAGACGGUUUACGAGAUUGCGGUGUUGGAGGUGAAGCCCGAUACGGGGGACAAUCAUGCGAUUUCGGUCGUAGAGACGGAUCUAGAGGUCGACUUUGCGCCGCCCGUGGGAUAUCAGGAGCCGAGCAGGGCCGCGAGCGGGACAAGCACACCACGGAGUAUCGGGAGUGAGAUGGCGCGGAGAGGUGGAACGAUGCAUACGGAGGGUACGAUGGCGCAGGCGAUCAACUACUCCUCGAUCGCGCCGAACUCAGAUACCGUGGCGAAAGGCCACGCGAAGGCGUCCUCGAACUUCGCCGGCAGUGGACAGAAGUUGGUGGCGUCAAAAAAAGGCAAGUCGAAUCUCGCGUCCACGCCGACAUCAACACCUGGUAUAUCGACACCGAUACCUGGAGCGACUGGCGGGCUGCCGGUACCCAACAAGCCGAUGCGGAAGUCCAACGGCCCACAACCGCUGCGGUUACCGCCCGGGAAGCUGUUCUUCGGGUACGAGGUCAAGCCGCUGCAGAAGAAGGACAAGGACGCGAACGUGGAUGAGGAGCAGGGGAAGAAGCAGCAUUUCAGUGGUGCGGGCAAUACGCUGCGGAAGAGCAAGUAG